CCCCUUUCUCCUUCCUCCCGUCCUCUUCCGCCCUCUCCUUCGAGAAACAGCAUCUCUCUCGAUCGGAAUCUCACUGCUCCAGAACCCUCAAAACCCUAACCCAAGGAUCUGUGCCACUCAAUGCCAAUCUCCUCGCUCUCGAUCUUCCGCCACCCCACCACCGUCCUACUUCCUUCCACCUCCCCCCUCUCCGCCGCUCUCCUACGCCAUGUCUCUCACCGCCUCCGCUUCUCCGCCACCACAGCGGCCGCUCGUGAGAACCUCGAUGUCCCACCUCGAAAACCUAACAAGAACCUCCUCAAGGCCAAAGACUCUGUCAAGGAGCUCUCUUCCCUCUCCCGACUCUCCCCCUCCCAAGCUCGGCCCACUCUCCUUCCAUCCCAGGCCAUCGGAUUGGUGUCCUCGGCCCAGGCCAACUUCAUGCGCGUCAUCGUUGAGGAAUCCUCGAUCGAGAACCCGAUCGGUGUCGAGCUCCUGUGCGUCGUCCGGGCUGUGCUGAAGAAGAUCAGAAGGAGGGUUCUGGUCGGGGACAAGGUCCUGGUUGGGUCCGUCGACUGGGUGGACCGGCGGGGCAUGAUCGAGGAUGUGCUCGAGCGGAAGUUGGAGGUGGCCGAUCCACCAGUCGCGAACGUGGACCAACUGCUGGUGCUGUUCUCCAUGGACCAGCCGAAGCUCGAGCCGUUCUCGCUCACGCGGUUCUUGGUGGAGGCUGAGUCGACAGGGAUACCGCUCACUCUCGGACUGAAUAAAGUGGAGCUUGUCGAGGAAGAGACACUGUUGGCUUGGAAAGCAAGGCUGCGUGCUUGGGGCUACGAACCACUCUUUUGCAGUGUUGAUUCCAAAUAUGGAUUGAAUACCCUAGUGGACACCCUGAAAGAACAAACAACUGUGAUUGUAGGUCCAAGUGGUGUUGGGAAGUCCAGCCUGAUCAACGCGUUGAGAAGCAAUCAGCCUGUUUCUGAUGAGUGGCUUGAGCAGGUGUGUAGUGAAGUCAGAAAGUGGUUUGAAGAUCAGCGUGUUGGCGAAGUGUCUAUGAGAAGUGGCCGAGGAAAGCACACUACACGUCAUGUUUCUUUGCUUCCGCUCACCGGGGGAGGAUAUCUUGCUGAUACUCCAGGAUUUAACCAGCCUAGUCUGAUUAAAGUGACAAAGAGAUCUCUUGCCCAUAUGUUUCCAGAGGUCAGGCAAAUGCUCAAUGCUAGUGAGCCUUCAAAGUGCUCAUUCAAUGAUUGCCUGCAUCUUGGCGAACCAGGAUGUUUAGUGAAGGGGGACUGGGAAAGAUACCCAUACUACCUUCAACUGCUUGAUGAGAUCAAAAUCAGAGAAGAAUUCCUAUUACGGACGUUAGGAACCAAGAGAGAAAGUGAUGUGAGGUACAAGGUGGGGGACAUGGGCGUCAGACAAGCAGAGCCACGACUGGAGCUUAAGAAGCACAGGAGACAAUCUCGGAAGAGUCUCAAUCAAUCGAUACUAGACGAAUUGGAUGAGUUGGACGAAGCUGACGACUUUACAGAUAUUGAAGAACAUGCUAGUUGAAGCUUGAGGCUUGAAGAUGAAAGGCAUGCAUGAACAACACUGCUUGGAAGCCUGCUGCGAUGUAGAGACUGUAGAGAUCGUAUCCUCUUACACUGUAAAUAGUAAGGUUUUGAUAAUUUGUUCUGUACAAGCGUAUGGUGCUAAAAUUGGCUGAAACAUGACCAUUGCUGAUGCUUUUACUGUCUUUCCUAUUGGAAUGAAAGGUAAAAGACCAGUGCCGCAGAAACUAAUCAUGAUUGUACAGUGAUGAAAUGUGAUAUAAGAUGCCUUUCAGCGAAGAAAUGUGAUGUAAGAUGCCUCUCUCUUC